UCGUGUGUGCAUGUGGAAGCAGGCAGCUGAGCGCAAGCCAUCACAGUUAACGCUAGACACGUUUGUAGCGCGCGCGUCUGUGCGCGCGAGCGUGCGGGAAGGGUUCGGUUUCGCUGUCUAGGAGGCGAUUCCUUUCGCGCAACCAGAAAGCGAGGGAACUGGGAAGCGGCGUGCAUUUGAGUACAGCAUUGGACACUGGAUGUUGGAAUCUAUCUGUCCUGCAUAUUUUGGAUGUGGCAAUUCUUCGCCUAUUCACCGCAAAAGAGAUUAGCUUGCAUCAGAAAAGCACCAACAGGGAAAGCGGCAAUCAGAAGCAAGCAGGUGCUUUUCGGUAUCACCAGGUUUUUUUCGACGUGCCUUCGUGUUUGAACCUGGCUGAGAGCAGUGGAGUUGAGCUUUUUCUCCUGGCUUCUGGGGGAAACUACUAAGAUUGUUGAUAGGAAAACAGCUUUUCAGUCACUGUUAAAAGAGGUGUCCAGGGUUGUGCGUCUGCCAGUUAGUUCCAAUAUUUUUAAAUUAUUGAUAAGCUAUAUAUCGGUUGGAGUAGAUGGGCGUUAUGCGAUGGAUAUAGGCAAAAGGAACUCGCAGAUUUCCCGGUUGUAAGCGGGUUAACUAUGAUAACUGAUCAUAAAAAUAAGAACGGCAAGAGUCAUUCUUGCGGUGACUGUUGCCGGGGGCAGUGCCAGUUCUCAGUGGCAUGUGAUUGAGCAGCGCAGUGUCAGGAAGUGUUACCGCUGUGUGUGCGAUUUCUUGUGUAUGUGUGUGAGCGGGAGUUAGUUGUGUGUUAGGACAUGCAUGUAAGCUCGCUGCCUGUGUGUGGUUGGCAAUUGUAAGAUCUUUUCGGCGCUGUCUUUACCAGCAGUCAGUUAGCGCAUUUGGUACGCGACAGGGGAUCGGCUAGGUGCGAGGAAGAUUCUGUGGAUCUGUCUGUGUCAACGGUGCAGCGUGCGUUGGGGAAGUCAGUCUGGCCGUCCACUAAGCCAGUGUUAAGAUGAGUCAGAUGAUUGUGUACAGAAUUUGUGUGUAGCAAGGUAGUAUUUUAGUAGCCAGUCCGUUUGUUAGUCAGUUGUCACGUUCCAAAUCCCUGGCUAUCCUGGGUGUUUUCUCUCGGGGCUUGCUUGAGCAGUAUGCGCAUGGAUAUUUUUCACUUGCGUAAUCAAUGUGUUCAAGCACAGUGACCACAAGGGGUUAAUCUCCAUGCCAGCCUGCUCAGUGAAGAUACUGUGGGUCUGGCAGUCCGGGGGCAGUAGUCCCUGAGGUUGUCAUUGGAACGACUACUACUGAGCUGCAGCUCCACCAACUCAUACCCAGCCGUGGCUUUCUGCAGCAGUCCUCAUCAGGCGCAUAGGCAUACCGGUGUAGAAGCCAGCACACUGUGAGCCCACAAACGCCGGGAAGCCGUCGCUCACAGCACCGUGUCUGCUCAGACACCACCUGCGUGUGCCAGGUUACAGAAGCUUGGGCCCGUGCCACCUUGUAGCACUACCAGUUAAGAGGCAGCCCGGCGUGCCAGUUUGGACUCCGUCCCUGAGAAGAGAACACGUGCCAGCGGAGUGUAGGCCGAACCGCACAGGCGCCACCGCCUUCCGAAAAGGAGCAACCCAAGCCAGGAAGAGGCUGUGGGGAGGGGGGGCCUAGUGCCACACUGUCCCAUUCUCAGAGGAGCGACAGGGAGAGCAGGCGGUCAGCAUGCAGGUGUCCAUCGCCUGCACGGAGCACAACCUGAAGAGCCGGAGCAGCGAGGACCGGCUGUGCGGCCUUCGCACCAUCGCACCCGGCGGGGGCUGCCCCAGCGGAGGAGGGGGCGGGGGAGGUGGAGGAGGAGGCGGGGGUGGAGGUGGGGGAGGCCAGGGGGGAAAUGGCCACCAGGUGCAGAUGAAGUCGAGGGCGGCGGUGGCCACGCGAACCGUCACCCAGGGACACGCCCACAUGAAGGAGACCAUCGGACGGCACAGCAGCAUGAAGUACAGGAACCUGGGGAAGUCAGGGCUGAGAGUAUCCUGUCUGGGACUAGGCACCUGGGUGACCUUUGGCUCCCAAAUCUCAGAUGAAAUGGCAGAGAACGUGAUGACCAUCGCUUAUGAAAAUGGCGUAAACCUCUUUGACACAGCAGAGGUUUAUGCCUCAGGAAGGGCUGAAAUCACCCUGGGAAACAUCAUUAAGAAGAAAGGAUGGAGACGAUCCAGCUUUGUAGUGACCACUAAGAUCUACUGGGGAGGACAGGCGGAGACAGAAAGGGGGCUGUCCAGAAAGCACAUCAUUGAAGGCCUGAGGGGCUCCCUGUCCCGUCUGCAGCUGGAGUACGUGGACAUCGUAUUCGCCAACCGCACCGAUGUCAACAGCCCUAUGGAAGAGGUGGUACGUGCCAUGACCUUCGUGAUUAAUCAGGGAAUGGCCAUGUACUGGGGCACCUCCCGCUGGAGCGCCAUGGAGAUAAUGGAGGCGUACUCUGUUGCGCGGCAGUUUAACCUGAUACCUCCAGUGUGUGAGCAGGCUGAGUACCACUACUUCCAGAGAGACAAGGUGGAGGUCCAGCUGCCUGAGCUCUACCACAAGAUUGGUGUUGGUGCGAUGACCUGGUCCCCCUUGGCCUGUGGCCUGAUCACUGGGAAGUACAGUGAUGGGGUACCAGACUGCUCACGGGCCGCCAUGAAGGGGUACCAGUGGCUCAAGGAGCGUGUGAACAGUGAGGAGGGGCGCAGGCAGCUUGCCAAAAUUAAAGAGCUCCACCUGCUGGCUGACAGACUGGGCUGUACAGCUGCACAACUGGCCAUUGCUUGGUGUCUACGCAGUGAGGGAGUGAGCUCUGUGUUGAUGGGAGUCUCCAAUACUGAACAGCUUCUGGAGAACCUGGGCUCCAUACGGGUCCUGUCUCAGAUGACGGCACAGACAGUGAACGAGAUGGACUCUCUCCUGGGAAACAAGCCGCACUCCAAGAAGGAGUCGCGUGCAUGAGGGGCGGGAGGCGCAGAGGCAGGAGGACAGAAGGAGAGGGAGAGAAAGAGGGUGAGAGAGGAGCCAAAGGAGAGGGAGGAACAACAGAAGAGACGGGGGAUGUAUCGUCCCUUUUCCGCCUUCUUUAUUAGCAAAUCGCAUGUUUUCUUCAACAUCGCGCUUCCAGUAACCUCCUGCACAUCUACUUAUAUCAUGUAUGUAUAUGAAGAAAAAAAUAAACCCACAGAUGUUCUAGCUGAGGCAUUGAAAGUGCACAAAAUAGAUGGUUAAAUUAAAAACUGAGAAAUCCAGUGACACAUGGAGAGAGAACAGGGAGAAUGGUAUAUUCCUAUUUUUCCAGAUGAGAGACUGAGAAUGGGAGAGGAAGUUAAAACUGAUCAGGGCAGUGACUGGGGAGGGAUUUCCCCUGCUCCCUCUUUUCCCAGUUUCCAAAAGCCUCUCCCAGAACUCAACCACAAUAUCUUAAUUUGUUUUUUGUGUGUGCUCGCAUGUCCCUUUAAGAAUGACAAAUGUUGGGGGGGGUGCUACAUUGUCAUUGGCCAAUCAUACGACAGAAGAAGAACAGUGUGCACUCUGCAGCAGCUAGGCUUCAAGAAAAAGAAGAAAAAGGCACAUGAAGGAGACAGCUAACUGUAAGUCUUCAACAGCAUCUCUGUCAUCGUGUUCUGAAAACUGUUUCUGCAACAUAGAGAGGAUUACAAUAACUCCGUGGUGAACUGCUGGGCCCUGAGAGACUCCUCAGUUCAUCCUGAGAGACUCGCUGUAGCAAACACUGAAACUGGGCAAGCACAGUCUGAAUGCACACCAGGCAGAUCCGCAUCACGUUUUCCCACACUCCAGGCUGUGGGGCACUCACUGGCUGGUCCCUGGUGUCCCAGAGCUUCACAUUCCGAGGGCUACGGAGGUGAUUCUCAAACAGCAGCUUACUGGCUCCUGGAACAAGUGAUCCGCUUAUCCAUGCAGUCAAAAGCUCCACUUCAUUGAUUAGGACCUGAGCUGGAAUUAAAUUGAGAUUGCCACAGAACUUCAGUGGACACCACGAGACUAGAGAUUCCCAACUGUCACCCUGAGCCUCGAGGGACUCUGGGGUGUUGGGGACUGCAGACCAAGUCACAUGCUCCUCGUGUAGUGUUCAAUCAUCAAAAGCAUAGCAGUCAGAGAGGCUCAUCUGAAAUGUGUCAACAUGGAUGGUAAAUGGCAGGUGCUGCUAUUUGCCAUCUAUUCAGAUACCCUGACCCUGUUUUCUUUGAAAACAAUGUUUCAUAGGCUAUCAAGAGAAGUUAGACAAAUCUUGAACUAACUCAGUGUGCUCUACAUAUUCUUUAAAAAAAUCAACUGAACAAUGCAAAGGCAUUAACAUAAAUAUUGAGAUCCUUUAAGUUAAUUCUAUAUCUUUUUAAACCUCUUGCUUCAGAUAUAAUGGAGGAAAAAUAUAAAGAUGGACUUGUGGUCAGAGUUUGGGCCUAAAUACCAUAUUUUUGUGUGGAAUCAGGAUUUUGAAACCUGUGUUUAUAGGGGUUUCAUUUAAAAACCAUCUCACCAGUUACUCUUAAAUACGCUAAAGAUUUAGUCUGGGAAGAAGUCUUGAAUUCAAGUAUCAGCUGCAAUUGAGGUUUCAGUAAAUCCAUAAAGUCUGCUUAUUUAUUUUGAAUAAAUAAUAAAUAUAUUGAACAUUGUUCUUAAAUACAUGCUAAUUUAUGUAUUUAUUCCCAUCUCUACAGUGCAUAUAUUUAAAACCGCAUAGACUAAUCGACCUAACAACCCUGGUCUCCUAAUGUCUCAUACACAUUUGUUCAUACAUAUUGAAAGAAUGGUUUUGGUCUGUAACUCCCUUGGGUUCCAGCGUAUUGAACCAGAAUACACUGCUGUUUUUCAGACAGCAAGUCCUUGAGAGCCAUUUGUUCACGUUGGACUAAACACAAAUGUAUGUGUUAAUGGUUUAUAAUGCAAGUAUUGUCCUGUUAAGAAAAGCAGAUCAGUGUUGCCAAUGCAGGAUUUUUAUUUUUAUUUAUUUUAACUAUUAGUCUGCAACCAAUCAGGAUGCUACACAUUAUGUAUGUAUGCAGGUUUUUCAAUCAUUAUAUUUUCAUGUGUAUGUCAUAAUGAUUUAACAUAAAUAUAUGAAUUAUGUAAAUGGAACAGAUAUUAAGAUUUCCCCAAUUACCAUUGGGGGUGUGGUGUUUGUAACAGAGUAUUUCCUGUAGAUAGUUUGUAUGACAGAUAUUUUGUUUGUCAGAAUGUAUAUUUUCAUUUCAUAUUUUGUUAUCAACUUCUCCAAUAUUUCUGUUGGUGUAAUGUCAAUGAGAAUGGAGGAAUCUAUUUGCAUAUACAGAGAUGGGCCUAUAGAGAUUACUGAAUUAUUAAUGAAACAUUAGUGUCAUUUCAGAUUUGCCACUUUUCUUGAAAAAGUCAACAUAAAAAAAUCUAUAUUGGCUGUUAUUCUCGCAACUGUUGUUAGAAGGCUGAAGAAAUAUUUGAAGACUGAAGAUUUAGUUCAGUUAAAAAUGUUGGACAUGUUAGUCAACUGUAGAAGUUGAUACAGUUUUUGAUGUUAUGUUACAUUUGCCCCAAUUCUCAAUGUAGGUGAAGAUGAUUCAUCACAAGGUGCAAACUGAUGUGCUGGCAGAAAAUGCAAAUCAGUCUGGGUAAUACUUCUUGAUAGAAGGACAGGUGGAACCCACAAACAUCUAGUCCUGAGCCUUACAUUUUCAUUUUGGUUGGUUCUGUUUUUUAAAAAGGCUCAUGAGAUUCGUAAAGUAGCUGAUGGACAUAAUGACUUGCACACUUUUAGUGUACAUAACAAUGAAAAAGAUCAAUAGCGGAAUUGACGAUCAGUUGACCUGUUUGUGUAUAUAAACUCUUAUUGCACUUCCUAAUAACUUUGCCUGUAUAACUUAUAUAUUAUUGUCUUGCAAAAGAAAAAAGAAAACAGCCCUGUAUUGAAUGUACCUUGCUUGCCUUUAAAAACAAAACAGUAUCAGAAAAAAUUAUCUACUUAUAGAACAAUGUAAUCCCUAUAUCUUUAGGUAGAUAUCUGUAGAAUAUUCUUUACUCAAGUCAAAAUGGGAAAAAUCAAAUGCAAACAAAUGUUUAGCCCCGUCUUCAUUUCCAUUGUUCUCCACCCCUGUGGAUUUGUCCUCUUGACAUGAUUUUUCCCUCUUUUUCUUUCACUUAUCCCCGUUCCCUCUUUCCCUGCUGGAGAGGGGCUGCAUUCAGGGUUUGCAGCAGUGAAUGAGCUGCCUGUUUGCAUAUAUAUGUGCACAUACACAUACUUACAAGCAGAUAUUUACAAACUACUGAAAAAGAGGAUUGUACAAAUUUAUUUUGACUCACAAAGAAAAUAUAUUUGAAAGACAAUCAGUUUGAGAUCGAACAUGCACAUUAGUAUAUACAUGGUCUGGUGGAGUACUACUAUGGCCGGUUGCAACCAUUCCUUGCAGUGUCUGCCCCUAAACCCCUUUCCUUAUUCCACCCACCACUGCAAACUUGCCUUGCCUCCCUGUCCCACCCACCAUCACUCUUUUACACCCUGGAGAAACAGGUUGUAUGAAUUUAGAAAAUGUUUUUUGUAGGAUAUUUAUUUGUAUAUAGUUCUGUAGAUUAAAAAUGUUUGGUCAGGUAAGCCUGCCUACAGAAUAUUUGUUUGUUCUCUGAAGUUGUUGGGGAAAUCAUAGAGACUUACGCAUGUGAUCUGACAGUUACUGAGGGUAAUUAGUUCAUAAGAUGUAUGUGUGUGUGCAUGUGUGUGUGGUGUGUGUGUGCGCGUAUGUGUGUGUGUGUGUCUGUGUGUGUGUGUGUGUGACGGAGAGAGCACUAUGGCUGGAUGGACUGGAUAAUGUGUGACAUGCAGCAUUAUACUAAAGAUACUCAAUAAAGUCUUCCUGAAGUAAGUCACAA